AUGGUCCGCCGGCUCCCGUGGACCCAUCCGCACCUCAAAGUCGGCCACGCCGUCCAAGAAAAAGCAACGCCCACGGCAGCAGCCACCGCCGGUACUCCGACUGCCAUCAGAAGCAACACCAUCCCCCAUCUGUUUGCAAAGAUGGUCUCCCGAACACCCCGCGGCGGCCGGCGGCUCACGUACAACAGCAACUACAGCCGCGGAAGCGGAGGCGGAAGCGGAAGCAGAACGUACACCCCAAAAAGCAACCGACACACCGCCGGCGACGCGGGCUCCUCCCCGUCGCCCCCUCCGUCGCAGAAGAGGCGCCUCGACGGGCUCUACCUGGAGGGGAACUGGUACUGCAACUGCACGCCGCGGCAGCAGGCCUCGCACUUCCAGGUGAAGAAGAAGAACGCAAACCACGGGCGGUUCUUUUACAAGUGCGAGAAGAGAAGGGGCGGGUGUAACUUCUUUCUCUGGGAGGAGGAUGCGAAGAACAGGGCCGAGGGGACCACGUUGACGCUGCCGCCGGUGCCGACGGAUGGCGCGCCGGCUGCCGGGACGACCCCGACGACGCAGGUUCCGACGCCGCGUACGGCUUCAGUCGUCAAGAUCGGCGCUUGGCCUACGACCGCGGCGCCCCCAACUGUCAUGGAAGCGCCGCCGUCGCCUUCGGCGCAGAGGAGCGCUGCCAGGCAGAAGUUCCUGGACACCUACUUCUCGGCCCGGCCCACGCAAGCUCCCAUCGAGGCACACGGUCCGCCAGGCGACGGUGGGACCGGGGCACCGUCCCGCACCGCCAAGAGGAAGAGGGUGCUGUUCGACUUCGACUCCGACGGCGGCGAGGACGAGUACGGGCUGGGAGACGUGUCGUCGGACGAGGAGAGGGCGAUGAACGAGGCCAUGGAGCGUAGCGCGAAGAAGCUCCGCGAGGUGGCGCCGCCGAUGCCAUCUACGCCCGCAGCGCAGCGUGUGGUGCGGGACGCGGCGCUUCCCACGCCGCAGACGGUCACCCGGACGCUCUUUCCCGACGCCAAGCGCCGGAAACCCGACGACGCUGGGAGGGCUGCCGGCCGUUUCCCCGGCGCGUCCUCGGCGAUCGUGGGCGCAGGGCCGUCCCCGUCGCCCCCGGCGUCGACGCCGUCCAAGGAAGAGGAACAGCUCGACCCGACCGAGGAGGUGUUGGCCUUGCUGGCGGGGCAGAAGGUCGACGACGCGGCGGCGCGGGGCGUCAGGGACGUGCUGCGGCGGUUCUCGAUGAAGGCCAAAGGGCUGGCCAAGGGGCGGGAGACGGUGCGGGCGGCGUUGAAGGCCAAGGACGAGAGGAUCGCGGAGCUGCAGGAGCGGGUGGCGAGCUUGGAGGCGCGGAACCGGGUGCAGAGGGAGGAGAUUGCGGAUUUCAAGGCGGGCAUGAUGGAUUUGUACUCGAAGCACUGA